CUGCGCCUACAGUGACCGUGUAUCCCGCCAAGACCCGGCGCCUGCAGCACCACAACCUCCUGGUCUGCUCUGUGAACGGCUUCUAUCCAGGCCACAUUGACGUCCGCUGGCUGCGGGACGGCCAGGAGCAGGAGGCGGGGGUCGUGUCCACAGGCCUGAUCCGGAAUGGAGACUGGACCUUCCAGAUCCUGGUGAUGCUGGAGACAGUUCCCCAGAGCGGAGAGGUCUACACCUGCCAAGUGCAGCACCCAAGCCGGACGAGCCCUCUCACCGCGGAAUGGAGGGCACAGUCUGGAUCUGCACAGAGCAAGAUGCUGAGUGGAGUCGGGGGCUUCGUGCUGGGUCUGCUCUUCCUCGGGGCAGGGCUGUUCGUCUACUUCAGGAAUCAGAAAGGACACUCUGGACUUCAGCCAGCAGGCCUCCUGAGCUGAGGUGACGAUGGUGACAAUUGAGGGGGAAAGAGCCUUCUGUCCUGGCCUCUUCGCAGCAUGAAAAGCUUUCCUGCUCGGCUCUUUAGUGCCUCCUGGCUGCCCUUUGGUCCUGCUUCAAGACCCUGCGGGAAACGUGCUCCCCGCUGGCUUCCUCAGCCCCCCGACCCGGAGCCCCCAGGAUGGACGGGGAACCUCAUCUC